UCCAGUGCUCCAAAUUUGUAAACUAUUUAUUUAGAAACAUAACAGCAAAAAAAUGUUCGAUAUAUGUUUAACGUAUGACCAAAACAGAUAAUGAGUUUAUAAAUACAGUGCAAUAAAUGCAUACGAAGUGAAAAUUGACGCUGAACUGAAUCAUUUGAUUGAAAAGAGAGAAACAUUGUAUGCAAAGUAAUUUAACAGCAUAAUCAAAUUUGUAUCAUUCGUGUGUUUAUAAAAGUUGAUUUAAUUUAAACAAACGAUCAAAAAUGCACUAAAAUAUUUCAAUGUACUAAAAAAACAAGUGCAUACCAGACACACCAAUAAAUUUGAAACCGAAACGAAAAAAAAGAGUCAAUAACAGUGACACACUGUGACGAAAUUCGCAAGGGUGGUUUAUUCAAAGUGCUAUCAAAAUCAAGAGCAUAAAACGAGAAACGAACACAGUCCAAAGCGUGGAUUAAUUUCGUUUUCGUCAUCGGCAGAUACAUGGUGCGAAAAAGUCAUCAAAGAACAUAACGAAGCGCAAUACUGAAGGCGACCGAUUUGAAUGAGCCGACGAUUCGGAUUAAAUCUUAAUAUUGUUGAUUGUAAAUGGUGCGUGUUAUUUCCGAUAGCAUUGGCUGAUUUACUGGAUUCAGCACGAAAAUGUUUGGAUUGUUAAAUAAAACUAAACAUACGAAAAUUAUUUGAUGAUUUGGUUGAAAACAUAAUUUAAACAAAUACAAAACGCACAAACUUCGUUGCUAUUCAACCAUAAAAUAUUACAUCAUACUGUACAGUGUUAAGGGAAUUGACAACGCUGUCAUCAAAUAUUAUCCAUGCAUCGCAUUAGUUACAUACGUAUUCAUCGUUGUCGGUGGUAAUAUUAGUCGAAAAUAAUUGGACCACAAAGGUGUUUGCAUCCGGAAAAUGUGCACAACUUAUAGAAACGGUUCACUAUCGUACACAAUGCAAAGUGUUGUACGUAUUCCUGCAUAAGUAAGGUGAAUGCACAUUGAACAAAACAAAAAAGGGAGAGAAAUAGACGAAAAAAAAGCGGGAUAGUACGAAAGUGAUGUUACAAUAUAAGCUUUUAGCACGCAUAUAUGAAAUACGGGAAAUGCAUUGAGUGUCUAAAUAUAACGGUAGUGGGUUUCGUUGUAUUCAACGUGAAGCAACGUGCUAUGAUUUUUGUACAGUGCUAAUUGCCAACUUAUGUGCCUCCAUCUCUAGUUCAGUCAUCACUUUUGAGAUCAUUAAACCAACAACCAAUAAAUCUCGACGGCAUUUUGUCACUCAUUUCAUUUUUACCGUUCUGUUUUCCGCUCUUGUUGUUCCGUUCCGCUAUCGACCAGAAUAUAUUAAAAAAAAAUACACCGCGCAUUUAAGCUCUCCAGAGAUCCUAAAGAUCCUAAUAGACUCUUGUGCUUUUAUGCGAUCUCUCAUUCUCUCUUGGUUGCUCGAGAUUUUUUUUUAAUUUUCAUAGAAACACAUAAAAUCGAGUUCCAUUGUAACUCGAAACGUACUUCGGAUUUGCAUUCAAAUACAAAUAGACUGCUACAUAUAAACAAAACGGUGAAAAAGCGUUGAGAGAGACGACGACGACGAGGAAUACGAUAUAAAUGUUGUAUUUGGAAAAAAUGCAUUGAAAAAAAUAAUAAAGAAACGAAAUACAAACGAGAGAAUAAAUGUAACAUAGACUGAAAUGUGAACAUACAAAAUUUACGGGGGAGAAACACACACACACACACAGAGAGAGAGAGAGAGAGAGAGAGAGAGAGAAAAUCCCGGGCUAGUUAUGUUUUGAAUGUUUCACAACCAAAUGCGUACAUAUACACGUUCAUUGAACGAAACGGGAUGCUGACUGAGAGAAUUCUAGAAUUCUAGGUGAAAUAUGAACAUUUACAAAACAAAAGCAAAGCAAAAAUAAGUGAAACGGUACGGUAGAAAUAUAAAUCGAAACGAAACGGAACAGAAUGAAACGAAAACCCCUAUGGUAAUAAAAUAUGACGCGUCGAGCUUAAGAGUUCAUUGUUAUGGUGUUGUGUUCUCAGUUGAAGUGAAGAAGAAGAAUAAUAAUACGACGACAGAGCAAAAUAACAGAUUUACAUCCAUAUAUGAAUAAACAAAGAAUCCCAAGUAUUUACGAAAUGCGAAAUACGUUUAAUAGGAGCAACAUUCAAACACGUAUGGCAUACAACAUUUUUAACCGAAUGCUUGGCGUGAAAGUAUAUAUAUUUCGAACAAUGAACACGGUGCAAUAAACAUACCGAAAUUACACACAUCAGCGAAAUACAAAAAAAAAACAGUUACACAUCUCGGGCUGAGGCUAUCUAGUAACAGGCACCAAAUUCCAUAAACAAACGUGUAUUUUAUUUUAUUUUUUAUUUUUUUGUGUGUAUUGAACGAAUGAGUUAAAGAACGAAAUAAGGGAUGCCACACUUGAGCCAUCGCAUGCCACACCAAAUUUCGGAGCAACGAAUGAAGAAAAUUUUCAAAAGGAAGACGAAAAGAGACGUAAAUUCAUUUUUACUCUUUCUUUUUUUGUAAUUUCCACACUACAAAAAGCAGGAAAAAGUUGAGCCUUUGUUUUUUUGCUGCUUCAUAAUUUUCCGCUUUAUUGCAUGUGCGCCUGAUAAAAACAAGCACUCAGCAAAAGCAAAUGAGAAUUAAUUUUAUUUCGUCAUCAAAUCAACAAAAGAGCAAACAGCUCAGGGAGCACGAUAAACGAGAAAAAGUGAUAAUACCGUGAUGUUGAUUAUUUAUCAUUUGUUCGCGCUGAAUUCAAUUUAACAAAGCGAUGAUAGCAAAAAAGAGCUACCCUCCACAUUCAACAAAAAUAUCAUAUAAAUAAGUAAAAUCAUUUGCUUUUGUUUUUAACUUUAACAACGUAUAUAAAACAUUCCCAAAGUAGAACUGAAAGUGGACAAUAAAAAAAAGUAUAUAUUAUUUUGGUGAAGAUUAGAUCUUGAGCAUAAAAGUGAAACGCUGAAAAGAGUUUGACAUAAAAUUACUCACUGUAUGUCAUAAUAAAUACGAGUUGAAUAGGUGACAAAAAUAUGCUUGAAAAUUCGCCUUUUAAAACAUCCUUAAAUACUAUCAACACGAUAUUGAAAUAAAGAUAGAACGAGAAAGAAGAAAAGGAGGAAACAAAUAAACGCCCCAAACAAAAUAGGAAAGCAGCACGGAAAAACAAUAUACUAUUUUAUCACCGAAUAAACGAGUUAAAACAAAAUGAAUUGCCUAUGUCGACCUGCAAGGACCGUUUCCGUCCGCAUAAUAUUUUUGGAUGAAACAGAUGUGAUGCAUGAAUUCAAGGACGACCUAAUGGGUCAGGCCAUACUAGAUGUUUGCUUCGCACGACUUAAUUUGAUUGAAACAGCGUAUUUUGGUUUACGCUUUUUAGAUGAAGAGAACCAAACGCACUGGUUGGAUCACACAACUAGAAUAUCACGACAAUUGAAAGGAUCAAAAGACGUUUAUGAUUUAUAUUUUGGCGUCAAAUUUUAUGCAGCCGAUCCAACGAAAUCGCUCAUCGAGGAAAUAACGAGAUAUCAAUUAUUUCUUCAAGUUAAACAAGAUGUCCUGCAGGGGAGAUUACCGAUUUCAUUUGAAUUGGCUGCAGAGUUGGGAGCAUACAUAGUACAAUCUGAAAUGGGUGAUUAUGAUUCGCGCCGACAUUCGCCAGGAUAUGUUUCAGAAUUCCGCUUGGUUGCCAAUCAAUCAAAAGAACUGGAAAAUCGAGUUACAGAGCUGCAUCAACAGCUACGAGGAAUGUCACCGGCAGCCGCUGAACUAAAUUAUUUGGAUAAAGUAAAAUGGAAUGAUAUGUAUGGCGUUGACUUGCAUCCAGUGUUGGGAGAAGACAGCGUUGAAUAUUUUCUUGGCUUGACACCUAGCGGAAUUGUUGUGCUACGCGAUAAAAUUACCGUCGCUUAUUACUACUGGCCACGAAUUACAAAGGUUCACUUCAAAGGACGUUACUUUAUGUUGCGUGUCUGUGACAAAAAUAAUGAAAUCAGUACAUAUGGCUUUGAAACACCACGUAAAUCAGCCUGCAGACAUCUAUGGCGUUGUUGUGUUGAACACCACGCCUUUUUUCGAUUAGUUCGUGUGUCACCCAUUCAAACUCAUGACGGCGAAUUAUUCUCACUUGGGUCUCGUUUUCGAUACAGUGGUCGCACCGAAAAACAAGCAAUGAGAGAUGCAAUGGUAAGAGGACGACCACCGCCAAUGUUCAAACGGACUCCAUCACGCCGACAACCACGACGCUGCAUUGAUGAGAUUUUGGAUAAUAAAAACAAUACACAAAAACGAACUGCCAACAAACAGGAAAUAAAGUCUAUUUCGAUUCCACAACCAGCCCAAGCUUUCGAAAGUCCAUAUCGAUCAACGUGCAAUAUACCAAACAGUUUGUCUAUUAGAAAGUAUACAAUCUAUGGUAAUGGAAAUGCACCUGAUUCACCGCGUAGCACAAGAAGCGCACCAUGGUCUCGAUCUCAACAGAAGGGAUUAUUUGGUGUUAACUCUAGUCCAAGAUCAGUUCGAUCAGCAUCAUCUAGGAAGAGCUCCAAUGUCCCAACGCAUCGCAUACGUUCCAGUUCAGUGGAUAGUCAUUCAUCGAAUGACUCAAAAGCAUGCAAAAGACAACGUCAUCGAAAUAGACGAACAUCAGAUAAUGAAAGUGAGUUAUCUCGCGGAUCAGCGCGUUCACAUAACUCACAUCGAAAGCGUCGGCAUCGUUCACGCCAUCGUCGCAACGAAUCUGGUUCGGAAAAUGAAGGUAGCCGACGCAGUUUUUCCGGACAUAGAAAAUCAACCGGCUCAAUAGAAUUGCUCGAUGCAAAUAAUCAACAAUGGCGUGAUGGACAACGGCGACGAAAUGACGGUUCGGGUCUAAAUUCUAGUAUUAAAAGUGAAAACGACUAUAAUGGAAGCGGUCACAAAAGUCGACGUCAUCGAAAGAACAGACCAUCUUCAAGAUCUCCAUCUGAAGGACGAACACGAAUCUGGUCAAGUGAAUUGGCGAAGCAUCUUCAAUUUGAUUUGGUUGAAACUGCUGGCAUGACCGAGGAUCAACUUCGAGAAAUUCCAUACACGGUUGUAGAAACUCAAUCAGCAAAACAACGAAAUUCAAAUAAUAGUUCAGUCAAAGUGCAUAAAAAUCAUGCAAAGGAUAGGGUGGAUCGCAUUCGAGGAAUAUAUCUACCAGAAAAUAAUAAAAUGGAGCAAAUUGUGAAUGGAUCGAUUCGAUCAGCAAGCACCAUUAGCUCAAGAGAUUGCGAUAGGAAUGCAAGUUUGGUCAGGAUGAUGUCAAGUUUAAGCAUGGGAGACUUUGUGUCUCCUUCGGGGUCAAGUCUCAGUCCGUUAGAAGGAUCUGCAUUAAGAGUUUCACAUGAGCACACUGAUUCGGGAUUGGGAGCCGAUCAAGAUUAUGCUUACUCUUCUGAAAGAUCGAGUGACAGUACAAAGUAUGGUACGAACAAGUCAUCUGGUGCAUCGGUGACAUCUGGCAAGCAUUUGAAAAAUCAAAGCACAUACGGAGCUCAUGAUUCAGUGAGUAGUGGAAAACCUCCAUUACACCCCAAUCAUCACUAUAACAUUCACAACCACAGAACUACUACCACAACAUCCAUACCUGUACAUAGCUCUAACAAUCGUCUUAGCAAUAAUACUAUAUUUCACAAUAAUCAAUACACAUUUAGCCUAAAUCGAUACGAUGACAGUGGUUAUUUGGAAUCAACUGGUCCACUGUCAUCUGCUUCGCUUUAUGGUGAUGGUCCAAGAGUAUCGCGUGGCACAAAAUCCGAUAUAGGUGUACCAAUUCGUCGUCCAUCGAAAGCGUUGCUGAAUAGUAGUUCAAAUAUACACUAUAAUCGUAACAAAGAUAAAUUAACAUCCGUCAAGUCCGAUUUCUUACUAUCUUAUUUGAAUAAUAACCACAACGGUAGUAAUACAAGCGCGUCCAAAAAUUGUGCUCACAAUUCCAGUGAUCGUUGUAGUUUGAAUAAUAAUAGUGAUUCAAAUGAUUGUACAAACUCGUCUGCCUAUCAUAUAUCGGGUGUAACAACAUCCGAUUUCUCCAAAACAUAUAAGACUGGAGCCAAAUACUUUUACUCAAAUGUGAACACAAGCACAAAUUCAAAUUUAAAUUCGAAUAGUCGUAGAUUAGAGACAAACGAUCUAACGGAUCGAAUCAACACCACCAACACCAUCACUACCACCCAAUCGUCCCACACCAUAAAUGAACAGCAAAGAAAUCGUAUUAUCAACUUUUUAAAUCGCCCUCAUGUCACAUCGAAUGUAGAUGCGAAAAAUUUUGGUACGUCGUCUGCAUCUGACUCAUAUGAGAAUCGAAAAACAUCAAAUGUAGUUGGUCCCUUACUUUACAUAGAUCCCAAAUCCAAAUCGCCCAGCAACAGUAGCAAUCAAAUAAUGACCGACACCGGCAUUCAAAAUUACUCGUUUAAAAGUAACCCCAGUAACAUUGCGGAUAUGCGAGAUGUAUCAGUAGCAGAGAAGUCCCAUUCAAAUAUUAGGUCCUCACAAAGAUCAAACAGUUUAGAGUUAAUACUAACACCAAUAAUUCAAAGUAUUAGACGCGCACAAUAGUUGACGAAAUGAGCACUGAGCUAUAAUUCUUUGCGGAAGAAUCGGCUCAAUUUUAUACAAAAAAAAAUAAUUUCAAUUAUUUAUAAGAUAUAUAUAACAAUCUAACGGUAUAAAAGAGAGAAAUGUUGAUUGAAUUGUUGACUCGGAUUUUUUUAUGCAUUCUUAAUAUGCAAAUUUUUUCUGGUUUACAGAAACAAUUCAAUUUAUUUCUUUUUAAAAAUUAGUCUAGGUGAGAACACACUGCGAUGAAAUAAAACAAACCCUAUUUUCUCAAAGUCAUUUGGACGAAGAUUCCGGGAAAAUAAAACCUGACCUAUACAUUUUAUUGUAAUUUUUUUUUCUUUGCUUGUGAAUCAACUGUAGCAUAUUCAAUGCGAUGAUAAUAAGUAAUUAACGAUUAUUUCGGAUUAUUAUAAAUAGAAACGACUUACUCUUGUACUUGAAAAUGAUAUCUGAUUUGUGUUAGUAUAAUUUACAAUAUCCGACUGUUUCGACUGAAAACUUGCGAAAAGGGAAACGUUGUCAGAUAGAGUUAGGAAUUUCUUUUUGAAAUUGCAGAUUUUUUUACGUUCUGAAAAGCAACAUAGAGGGCACAUUUUCAGAGAAUUAGAAAGAACUACAUGAAAUGCCACUUGAAAAGCUUAUUUUGUUGCUAAUUUUAAAAUAUCGCUGAAAUGAUGCCAAUUGGCUAAAUCAAUCCUGUGGAUAUUAAAAUAUGAUUUUAUCGACGUGGUGAAACAAAAAAUUUAUAUUCACAUUGACAACUGUAUAAAUUAACUAUCAGUUGGAUAUACACUGCCGCCAGAAAUGGGUACGAUUUAAGAUUUUCAUAAAAAUUACCGUUUUAGACAGGUAUUGCGUACCAUGAAGAUUUUGUCAUUUUCGAUGAUUGGUCUAUUCAAUUAUGGAAUACAUUUCAUAUGAAGACAUCAACUCCAAAAAAAUAUUCCAUCAAAUACUUUUAUUGGUUGAAAAGCCCAAAUACUAAGAAAAGUCUAUUUUUUUCAUACAGAAAAUUCAAUUUUGUUUUUUGUAUCGUACACAAACUAUCUGGUGGCAGUUUAUAUAUUAUGCGUUUUUCAUCUCACAUCCAAUUGUCGUGUUGGAUUAGUGUCAAUUUCACAAAUUGUGCAAUUUAAUUUCAAUAUAAGUUCAUCCAUAAGUCCAUUGGAAAUUCUUAUUAAGAAUACGUUUAAAGAAUCAAUGCCAGAUAAUGACGUAGCAUACACGAUAAUAAAAAAUACUUUAUUUGCGCAAGAAGCAACAAAAUCUCAUAGCAGUGAUCAAUAUCACGACGCACAUAAUAUGCUCUUUUCUACUCUGAGAAAACUCAGAUGUUAAAAUUCAAAGUAAUAAGAGAAAAAUGCCAUUUUAACAUGGAGAGGUUUUUAAACAUGGUAAAAUCUUAUUUUACCCGUAACACAUUUCUUUGUGGGUAAAACCGCAUUUUAACAUGUGAAAAAAUCUCUCCAUGUUAAAAUGACGACUAAAUGCCAUUUUAACAUGGAGAGAUUUUUGAACAUGGUAAAAUCUCAUUUUACCCGCAACACACUUCUUUGCGGGUAAAACGGCAUUUUAACA